AUGGGCCGCCUGCGAUUGGAGCUCUUUAAAAAGGAUUGCCCUCGCACUGUCGAAAAUUUUAGACAGUUCUGCACGGGCGAGUACAGAAAGUCUGAGUUGCCAGUGGGCUAUAAAGGCAGCUCGUUCCACCGUGUCAUAAAGGACUUUAUGGUGCAAGGUGGCGACUUUCUUAAUGGCGAUGGAACCGGUCGGAUUAGCAUUUACGGCGACAAAUUUGAAGAUGAGAGCUUCGCUCACAAACACACAGAGCCAGGUUUAUUAGCUAUGGCAAACAGUGGACCAGGUACAAAUGGUUGUCAAUUCUUCCUCACGUGUGCUCCGUGUGACUGGCUGGAUGGUAAGCACGUAAUUUUCGGGAAAGUACUCGACCCAGCAUCGCUGCUACUUUUGCGCAAAAUGGAAAGUGUGCCUGUUGGGGGUAACAGCAAGCCAAAAUUUGCUAUAACAAUCACUGAGUGCGGCGAGUUGUAG